UUAAUAGCUGCAAAAAAAGCUUUGCAUCUCAACAUUUGGUGACCCCGACGUGAUCGCCGUGCGUUUUUGGUGGAAUUGUACUUUUCGAUAUUUGGGAGAUUAAACUGUGUGCAUAACGCUUUGUACAUAAUAAUAUACUCGUAUACGCCUAUAGCCGAAAAUUUGAAUCCGUUAUUCAAGAGCACGGAACUUUGUGAAACUUGUAGCGUGAUCUUGAAACAGUUAAACUGUUAGCUUACGUCUUCAGCAUAUUUUGUGAGCCGCUAUUUCUGUUCAUUUCCCACGCAACGGUUUCCAGUUGCGAUUUUUCCCGAGUGUAGUACACAUCACGCGCUGCCGAUAUAAAUUCGACUUGAAUCCAUCAUGACACUUAACCCAGCUAAUGGUACUCCAGGUAGCGAAAAUGCUGCUCAAUCAAAUGAACAGGUGGCCACAGAUCGAGUUAGCUUUUUUAAGUUAAAAACAAAAGCAAUAUUCAACCGGCUUGAGCGAAUAGCUGCCGAGAUGGACAGUGAUAAGCUGCACGGGAUGGACGAAUACGCUCUGACGGCACUACUGGACUCAUUGGGGGAACUGAAGUCAAGUUUCAACGGUGCGCACACAAGCUUGGAGGAAUUGGAUUUCGAUUCAAUUUGCAGCGAUCUGCCUGGUAAAUUCGACUCCAAUUUAGUUAACCUCAGAUCCACUCUGCAGCGUGAAAUUGGAAAGCGAAGUGCACCUCAGCUAUGCUCCACAUUCAGGGUUAACGCCAAUGAGUCGCAAUCAAUUAUAGUGAACACCAACCGAUCACGCUUGCCGUUACUUACACUGCCAAAGUUCACUGGUGCCUAUACUGAGUGGACAAACUUCUUCUCCAUGUUCGUAUCUGUCAUCGACAAGGAUAGCGACCUUACGCCGGUCGACAAGCUUCAACAUCUACGUUCCUGCCUGAGUGGUGCAGCGCUGGAUACCAUACGUUCUCUAGAAAAAAAUGAGGCUAAUUAUAAAAAUGCAUUAGAUCUUUUGCAUAAGCGUUUUGAUAACAAGCGUCUUAUAUUUCAGGCACACAUCAGGGAGAUCUUCGGGCUGGGCAAAGCAGAUGGGUCAGUAGGCAGGCUACGGGAACUAACUGACAAAGUCACCGCUCACAUACGUGCACUGCAAUCGAUUGGGUCCAAGGAGCAAAUAUCCGACUGUAUCAUUGUACAACUACUAAUACAGAAGUUAGACAAAGCGACUCAAUCCAAAUGGGAGGAGAAUUCGCCGACAAACGAACUACCUUCGUGGGACCAGUUAUCUACCUUUCUGGAGAAGCGCUGUAGAACGCUCGAAAACGUCGAACACGUUAUGCAAACACCAGUUGGUCAAGCUGGUAAAUCUGGUAAAAACGUGAGUACCAACCAAAGAAAAUCAUUUGUUGCUUCUGGUGGCUCAGUGGGCGGUUGCGUAUUUUGUGGAUCCCAUGAGCAUCUGAUAUACCAUUGUCCUCGCUUUACAAAUCUGUCGCCAAACCUCCGCCAAAAAGAGGUUAAACAACUCGCUCUAUGUCUCAAUUGUCUAAAAAAAGGUCAUCAGAUGCGCGACUGCAAAUCGGGGUCUUGUCGUAACUGUCAAUCAAAGCACCAUACACUUUUGCACUUUGAGCGCUCUGCUCCAACUGCCACCAGCCCUCAAGGCUUAACUUUGAAAUCCGCUACAGCCCAACCUAAUGCCAUGACUGCAGCCUUAUCUGCCUCGUCCCAGGCCCUUACUUCUCCAUCUGAUGUUGUGCUUCUAGCCACUGCGGUAAUUUUUGUAAAAAAUCGUGCCGGCACUUUCGUACCUUGUCGUGCGCUGUUAGACUCUGGUUCACAGCUGCACUUUAUCACCUCUCGUUUCACAAACCAGCUGCAGCUGCGCAAAACCAAAACCUUCGCUGGAGUAUCUGGCAUUGGCGACGUCAACUUUUCAACGGAGGGAUACUCGGUCGAUCUCGUACUGAAGUCGCGGACUUCUGAUUUCUCGACGACGAUUACUGCUGUUGUCGCACAAACGAUCACUGAAAGUCAACCUGGCCUUACAGUGAGCACCGUUAAUUGGCGACUUCCCUCCAACAUCCAGCUGGCUGAUCCCAACUUCAACAUACCACAGCGUAUUGAUCUGCUUAUAGGAGCAGGACUCUUCUUCGAACUUCUCUGUGUGGGCCAAAUUCAGUUGGCGCCUGGGCUGCCAUUGCUUCAAAAAACUCGGUUUGGUUGGGUGCUGUCCGGUGGUGGACAAGAAACGCCCAAACUCUCAUCUUUCGUCGUACGUCAACGGUCAUCUACUGACAUUGAUUGUAGUACUCGGCUAGAUUAUUUAGUGCGUCGUUUUUGGGAAAUCGACCAUGUAAUUGAGCCAAUCGCUAAAACAACAAAGGAAGAGCUCGACUGCGAAGAGCACUUUAGGCAAAAUUAUUCGCGUCUGUCUUCAGGCGAGUAUUCCGUGCGUCUGCCGAUGAAGAGUAGCGUGGAGUCACUAGGUGAUUCGUAUUUACAGGCACUACAUCGCUUUCGCAGUCUUGAACGAAAACUGACUCGCAAUCCACAGCUCAAGGAACAAUAUGUGGCAUUCAUUAACGAAUAUUUGGAUCUCAACCACAUGUCACUAGUCUCCAGUAAGGAUGUUCAUGACUGUAAGUUUUUCCUUCCACAUCACUGUGUCAUCAAGGAUGACAGCACUACAACAAAGCUGAGAGUUGUAUUUGAUGGAUCUGCAGCUACAACUUCGGGCUUGUCGCUGAACGAUCUGCUCAUGUCAGGUCCAACAAUACAACCGAAGCUUUUCAACAUCCUCAUUAGAUUUCGAUCGUUUCCCGUCGCACUUACUGGAGACAUCUGCAAAAUGUAUAGAUGCGUUCGAGUCACUGCACCAGACGACAUGCUCCAGUGUAUACUAUGGCGUGACUCUCCACAAGAUGACCUACGCGUGUACAAGUUGAAUACGGUGACCUAUGGAACUAAGCCUGCAUCAUUUCUGGCUAUUCGGGCCAUGCAUCAGCUCGCGUUUGAUGAAUCAUCAGCAUAUCCCCUGGGUUCAAAGGUCGUUCUUCGAGACUUCUAUGUGGAUGAUAUGAUAUCUGGUGGCAAUUCAGUGCGGGAAGUGCGAAACAUUAUGCAGCAAACAACAGGUCUUCUUUCUCUAGGUAAUUUCCAAUUACGGAAAUGGUGCUCCAACAGCCCUGAUGUUCUCGGCGAUAUUCCCCAAACAGAAAGAGAAAGCUUUCUCAAAUUCGAUGACGGCAGUGAUAUCACCAAGGCUCUGGGACUAGUCUGGGAUCCGUUCAAAGACACUCUGUUGUUUUCGUUUUCGCCGAUCAGAUCUGGCAGAAAUUCCAAACGCUCUGUAUUAGCUACCAUAGCUCGUUUUUACGAUCCACUUGGCCUACUAGGCCCCACUCUGACAAGGGCGAAAAUUCUUUUACAGCGAAUGUGGAGGGAUAAGCUCGCGUGGGAUGAAAGCUUGCCCCAUUCACUGGAUACGGCCUGGUCUACGUUUUGUGAAGAUUUCGUCAACAUUCAACAUUCGUCAUUUCCGCGCUAUGUAUUACAGCCUGGAGCCGCGCUUGAAAUUCAUGCGUUUUGCGACGCUAGCCUUGAAGCAUAUGGCGCUUGUGUAUAUGCUCGCUCAACUAAGGAUAACAACGUCCAAUUACAGUUGCUAUGUUCAAAGGCACGCGUUGCUCCACUGAAAACUCUGACUGUGCCCAAGUUGGAACUCAGCGCUGCCGCUCUGCUUGCGCAGUUAGUAGGUGAGAUAGCCAAGAUGAAGGUUUUUGACUGCCGCUUCUAUUGUUGGUCAGAUUCGUCGAUCGUUCUAUCAUGGCUGCAGGAAGAAUCUUCAAAAUUUAACGUUUUCGUCGCUAAUCGAAUAUGUGCUAUACAGGAGCUUACACAGGGGAUGACUUGGCACUAUGUUCCUACAGCCAUGAACCCAGCAGACAUCCUAUCCAAAGGGGCCGCACCAAGAGAGCUCUUGCAAUCAGCUCUUGGAUGCACGGUCCAAUAUUCUUGCACAAAGCAGAAAUCAGCUGGCCUGAAUUUCGCGAACCACAAACCAAGCUUUUGGAAACUCGUCAAAAGGUAUUACUCACAUCAAAUGAUCGACCCGACGUAUCUCUUUCAUUUAAGUACAUCAACUCGUUUGGCAAAAUGCAGCGUAUUUUUGGUUACGUAA